GGCGCGUCCUGCAGCGUCUCCCGCCGCCCUCGCUGCCCGGACCGGAGCGCGCCGCUCGGGAGUCAUGGCGACGAAGGCUGUGUGCGUGCUGAAGGGCGACGGCCCGGUCGAGGGCACCAUCCACUUCGAGCAGAAGGGAACAGGGCCCGUGGUGGUCAAGGGACGCAUAACAGGAUUGACUGAAGGCCUGCACGGAUUCCAUGUCCACCAGUUUGGAGAUAAUACGCAAGGCUGUACCAGUGCAGGCCCUCACUUUAAUCCUCUGUCCAAAAAACAUGGGGGACCGAAGGAUGAAGAGAGGCACGUGGGCGACCUAGGUAAUGUGACUGCAGGCAGCAAUGGUGUGGCUGAUGUAUUAAUUGAAGAUCCUGUGAUCUCACUCUCGGGAGCUAUGUCCGUCAUUGGCCGCACGCUGGUGGUCCACGAGAAAGAAGACGACUUGGGCAAAGGUGGAAAUGACGAGAGUACAAAGACCGGGAACGCCGGCAGUCGUUUGGCCUGUGGUGUCAUUGGGAUAGCCCCCUAAACAUUCCUGCCAUGUGGUCUAAGUCCCAAGAGCUCAUCUGUUGCCUGCUGGUUGUAGACCUGUAACCUGAUGCACAUUAAACAGUCACCUGCAAGUGUCAUGCAGUGGCGUUUCCUCAGUUGCUUUCAGUACCUGUGAUGAAACUGAUUUCUGAAUCCUUGGAAGAUUUGUAUGGUUUUAUAAAACUCAUAAUUAAAAUGUCUGUCUGAA